AAAGGGUCAGUCGUUGUAAACGAAUCUCUGUUUUUUAGCCCCGCUUCCUUAUCUCAUCUACUGUCAUGUUUAUCUCCAAGUCCAGAGCCUCUCCGAAUUGAGCUGGGGAGUUCAGCUUCCAUCCCUGCUGCAGAUUUUUUUUUAUCAGCCAGCAAUAUUUUACCACUUUUUAAAAAACACAUUUUAAAAUUUGAAGACUAUGACUCUGCCAUGCAUCUGGGGCUGCUACUGGUUUGGGACCAUCUGGACUCAUGCUCAAGCCUCAUGGUUGCAUGGGUCACUCAGGUGUAAGCGGUUGCAAAGCAGGGCCUUGUUUAUUUGUUAUUUGCCCCAACCCCGAGAGCACUUGUUUAGGUUCCACCUUGGAAGGUGUUAAAUUGCUCACCUUGGGAGGUCCUUGUACUUUGCUGUUUGUCCUCCUUGUCUUGAGGCAUUGCUAAAAUCGCUAAGUUUCAUGGCUGUUUCUUCAGGAUUGGAGGCAAUCGUGACAAACUGGAGAGUGCAUGGCCCAUCUGAAGGGCGCUGCUGCUCACUCCCGCCGUUAGCGCCUGUGGAGGCACUGUGGCCAGACCGCAGUAGAAUAGGCUGACAGGAGGGGAAGCACGCAUUGCACAUCAAACACACAGGAAUAGUCUUCAUUAUUUGUAAAAUGUGGGAAGUUAAGAAUUUUAAAACCCCAAACCAGAAAUUGAUGUUGUUCGGGCUUAUAAUCCUAUUAUCUUUCACAGAAUUGUAAAUUUUCUAAGUCUCACAUUUCUCCUUGUCUCCAAUUAUACAAUAAUAAUAAAAAAAAAUAAAGUUGGCUUUUAGUUGUAUAAUAAUUUCUUGGCCUGUAUUACUCAGAAUUCUGAAUUCUCCAUUGCCACAACUUAUGCACACUGUCCAUCCUCUGCACCGGGACUCACCUCGCUCCUUUAUCAGGGCCUUUGGGGACAUGGCCCCUUGGCGUCCUGGUGGUGCAGAUGUCUGCAUGUCAUUUCAGGGGUCAGUGACAUUCCGAGACGUGGCUAUAGACUUCUCCCAGGAGGAGUGGGCAUGGCUUCAUCCUGCUCAGAGGGAUCUGUACAGGUGUGUGACGUUGGAGACCUAUGGCCACCUGGUCACCCUGGGCCUUUCCAUUUCGAAGCCAGAUGUGGUUUCCUUAUUGGAGCAAGGGAAAGAGCCGUGGAUGGGGAAAGUAGACGUGGAAAAAGACCUCUCCUCGGAGUCAAAUGGUGAGAUCAAAGAGCUUUCUCCAAAAAAUGGUAUUUAUACAGAUGACUCCUCCCAGUAUUUGAUAAUGGAAAGAAUUCUAAGCCAAAGCCCUGAGUAUUCCAGUUUUAAAGGAGGCUGGAAAUGUGAGGCUGGUACUGAGAUACUUCAAGGAAAUCAGGGAUGUAUCAGGCAAGUAAAAGUGACAGUCUCUCAUCAAGAAGCCCUGGCUCAACGUAUGAGUAUCAGUACUGUGGAGAGGCCCUAUGGAUGCCAAGAAUGUGGGAAAACUUUCAAUCGGCGCUUUUCCCUUGUGCUACAUCAGAGAACUCAUACUGGAGAGAAACCAUAUGUAUGUAAGGAAUGUGGCAAAACCUUUAGCCAGAUCUCAAACCUUGUGAAACAUCAGAUGAUACAUACUGGAAAGAAACCCCAUGAGUGUAAGGACUGUAAUAAAACAUUCAGUUACCUUUCAUUCCUCAUUGAACACCAGAGAACACACACUGGGGAGAAACCCUAUGAAUGUAGUGAAUGUGGAAAGGCCUUCAGCCGUGCAUCAAACCUCACUCGACAUCAGAGAAUUCACAUUGGAAAGAAACAAUAUAUAUGCAGAAAAUGUGGGAAAGCCUUUAGCAAUGGCUCAGAACUUAUUCGCCAUCAGAUUACACAUACUGGAGAGAAAUCUUAUGAAUGCAUUGAAUGUGGGAAGGCAUUUCGUCGUGCCUCCCACCUUACUCGACAUCAGAGCAUUCAUACCACCAAAACCCCCUAUGAGUGUACAGAAUGUAGCAAAGCCUUCCGUUGCCACUCAUUCCUUAUUAAACAUCAGAGAAUUCAUGCUGGAGAAAAGCUCUAUGAAUGUGAUGAAUGUGGUAAAGUUUUCACUUGGCAUGCAUCCCUCACUCAACAUAUGAAAAUUCAUACUGGAGAAAAGCCCUAUGCAUGCGCUGAAUGUGACAAAGCCUUCAGUCGAAGCUUUUCCCUCAUUCUUCAUCAGAUAACUCACACUGGGGAGAAACCCUAUGUAUGUAAGAUAUGUAACAAGUCCUUUAGCUGGAGCUCAAACCUUGCUAAACAUCAGAGAACACAUACUCUAGAGAACCCUUAUGAAUAUGGAAAUCCAUUUACUUACCACUCUUUCCUUAAUGAACACCAGCAAAUUCACACUGAAGAGAAAACUUAAGAAUGUAUGGAUCAUUUUUGAAAAAUUUUAUUGCAGCAGUUAAUGCCUUACUUUGACUUCAGAGGAUUCUUGGAGAGAAGGCUUAUAUCAAGAGGUUGAAUGUGAGGAAAUGUAGUUCAUUCCUUCUUCAUCAGAGAAUCCAUUUUGGAGAAAAACUUCAGUAUUAUGUGGAAAAACCAUUAAGUAGACACUCACUCUUUUUGUAUUAACAGAACUUGAUCAAUAAAUAUUGAGAAUAAUC